CUGAGGCAAUGACGUUGACUUAGUGAAGCCUUCAAUUUAUAGUGAAUGAAGCCCUUAUCAAUAAGUUUAUUCACUCCUAAUCAUGUCAUUACCAGGAGGGAAAAUGGCUUGCCCUGGAAAUGGGAUUUAUGUUAUUCAAGGAGAAAUGUCUGUUCUGCUUACUGCUAUGAAGAAAGUAAACAGAUGGUCUUCUCAUGUCCACCAGGAUGAUGAAAAUGAUAUUCUUAUCAGAAGCUUCACUGAUCUCAAAGACGUUUUAAAUCAGAUUGGUGAUCUUAGAGAAGUAGAGCCAAACCAUUUUCUUAGCCCCUUUCUGGAAGUAAUUAGAUCAGAAGAAACUACUGGACCUGUUACCAGUCUUGCUUUAUCCUCUGUCAACAAGUUUCUUUCUUAUGGAUUAAUAGAUUCGAAGUCGAAGACAAUUGCAGCUACUGUUGAAAACAUAGCAGAAGCAGUUACUAGGGCCAGGUUUGUUGGGACUGACCAAACCAAUGACUCAAUUGUUUUGUUAAAAAUUUUGCAGGUUCUUCGAACUUUGUUACUUUCUCCUGAAGGUUGUUGGCUUACCAAUGAAAGUGUUUUAGAAAUCUUGCUGAGUUGUUUUCGAAUGUGUUUUGAACCCCGUUUAAAUGAAUUGUUGAGGAGAUGUGCUGAGAAUUGUUUACGUGAUAUGGUUCAAUUGUUAUUUAGUCGACUUCCUAGUUUUACUGAGGAUAAUAGGAAAAUCCAGCAAAAACUCAAAAUGAAUACUAGUGCCCCUUUGGAUUCAGGUAAAGGGAAGAAAAAAACCAGCCGACCAUCCUCCAGAAAAGUUUCCAGGAAAAGUCAAGACAAAUCUCCAAGCCCUGUAUUUGGUUCAGAAGUUUCAAAUGCUCUGAAAGAAUGUGAUAUCCAGCAAUUGCCCUUACCUGAUGAGCCACCAAUUACAUCUCAUGAUAAAUUAGAACCCGAGAUUCUUACUGUGCCUACUGAGGAGUCGCUAGCUAAAAUUCCAUCUAAUGGUUCACUUGAAAUUAAUUCUGUUAAUAAUGUUUCCAAUGUGAAUAAUUUGGAGGAACAUCAAAAUGCCACUUCAUCAGCGAUUCUUGAUGAUGGUGUUAUUAUCAGUAUUGAAGAUUCAAGUUCCCAAAAUAGUGAAUCAACAGAACAACUGGCAACCAUUGGUAACUUGUCCGAAGUGAAGAGGCCAGAUGACUUAGAUGUGAAUCCUUCUGAAACUAAUUUCGCUUCUCCGUUGGAUUCGAAAGCGGAAGAAGAACCUUUGAUAAGUCCUACAACUCCUGAAAGCCCUGUAGAAGGACAAGAUUGGACAAACCAGCAAGGGGUUAGGUUUACCAAUACUGAAAGUGAUACAACAGCUCCUUCUGGUCCUUACGGACUGCUCAGUGCUCAUGAGCUCUUGAGGUUUUUGGCUUCUCUUUGCAAUCCUCUAGACAAGCAGAAUUCAGAUAGUAUGAUUCACAUCGGGCUCACUCUUAUCACUGUUGCUCUUGAAGUUGGGGCCGACAGCAUUGCGAAGUUUCCUUCACUUUUAUCAACUGUGAAAAAUGAUGUCUGCAGAAGCCUUUUAGCUUUGUUAAAUACUGAAAAACUUCCAAUUUUUGCAUCAGUGCUGCAAGUUUCUUUCCUUCUGUUUGAAUCUCUUCGAACACAUCUUAAAUUUCAACUGGAACGUUAUUUAUCAAGGCUGACUGAAAUAAUCAUUUCUGAUUCCUCAAAGAUUUCAUAUGAACACCGAGAAAUAGCACUAGAAUCUGUCGUACAUCUUUGGCGAAUACCUGGCUUAGUGACGGAGCUGUACCUUAAUUAUGACUGUGCUCUGUACUGUCCUAAUUUAUAUGAAGAACUAACCAAUCUUUUAUCUAAAAAUGCUUUUCCUGUUACUGGUGUUUACAACACCCAUUUACUGUCAUUGGAUGCUUUAUUGACUGUCAUAGACUCUAUAGAAAGUCACUGUAAUAGUAGAAUAUUAAAUGAAAGGCAAAAUCCAUCAAAAGAUGGAGAAAUUAAUAAAUUAGAGUUCCAUGAUUUUGCCAGCAAUUAUAUCCAUCGCACUGGCACCCGUCAAAAGUUGUCAUUGAAUAUCCCUAGUCACGAGCAAUUGAUGGCUGUGAAAAGAAAGAAAAAGCUCCUGGCUACUGGCACUGAACAUUUCAAUUCAAAACCUAAAAAAGGAAUCCAGUUUUUACAGGAACACAACCUGUUAUCGACACCUCUAGAUGCUGUUGAAGUUGUUGGGUUCCUGAGAGAAAAUCCUCAUCUCGAUAAGAAAAUGAUUGGGGAAUACAUCAGUAAUAGGGCCAACAUUGCUAUACUUGAUCAGUUUGUCAAGUCAUUUGACUUUACUGAGAUGCGCAUCGAUGAAGCAUUAAGGUUAUAUCUAGAAACGUUUAGGUUACCUGGAGAGUCUCCUCUAAUAUCUUUAGUGAUGGAACAUUUUGCUGAACAUUGGCAUAAAUGUAAUGGAGAGCCUUUCGCUAAUGCUGAUGCAGCAUUCACACUUGCCUACGCGAUUAUAAUGUUGAAUGUGGACCAACAUAAUCAUAAUGUUAAAAAACAAAAUACUCCUAUGUCAUCAGAUGCUUUUAAACGCAACUUGAAAAAUGUGAAUGGAGGGCAAGAUUUUGAAGAAGAAAUGCUUGAUGAAAUUUAUAUUGCAAUUAAGACUGAAGAAAUCGUAAUGCCUGCUGAGCAGACUGGUCUAGUUAAAGAAAACUACGAGUGGAAAGUAUUGCUCCGGCGAGGAACCGGACCAGAAGGUUGUUAUGUACAUGCUCCUAAUGGUUUGUUGGAUCACGAUCUGUUUUCUCUGAUUUGGAGCCCUACCAUUUCAGCUUUGUCCUAUUUGUUUGAUAAGACCAAUGAUCCAACUAUUUAUCAGAAAGCUAUAUCUGGGUUCAGGAAAUGCGCAAUGAUAUCAGCUCAUUAUGGAAUGAGUAAUGAUUUUGAUAAUCUGAUUGUGUCACUUUGCAAAUAUACUAUGCUUCAUUAUAGUGCCGAGAGUCCAGAAAAUCUUACUAUCUCCUUUGGAUCGAGCCCUAAGGCUAGACGUGCUGCUAAAACAGUUUUUGACCUUGCUCAUCGCCAUGGUGACAUAAUUAGGGAAAGUUGGAGAAAUAUUUUAGAUUGUAUCUUGCAACUGUAUAGGUGUAAACUAUUACCAAAGAUCCUCGUUGAGGCUGAAGAUUUUAUUGAAUUAAGCGGUAAGAUAUCUCUUAUACGUGAAGACAUACAACUCAGCCCUAAAACCGAAACUGGAAUCCUCAGCUCAUUAUAUUCUUACAUAGCUCUCGGAGCAGAAACGAAUACUCAAAAAGGACCAUCAGUUGAAGAUCAAGAAGCCAUUAAAGUUGCACAGAAUUGUAUAAGGGAGUGUCAUCUCGAGCAGCUUAUUACAGAAUCUAAAUUUCUGCGCAUUGAUUCCUUACAACAUUUUGUCAAGGCACUUGUCACUGCAUCUUAUGGACCUGAAGGCCACGUUUCUCUCGGUACUUCUUAUAGUGAGGAUACUGCUGUAUUUUUCUUGGAGCUCCUUUUGAAAGUCGUUAUUCAGAACAGAGAUCGCAUUUCUUCAAUUUGGUGUUCUGUGAAAGAGCACAUCUAUACCCUGCUUAUGGGCGCUGCUGCUUGUGAUCACCACUUCCUAGUUGAGAGGUCUGUCGUUGGUCUCCUCAGGCUUGCGAUUCGCUUGAUGCACAAAGAAGAAAUGGGACCUAUGGUAUUGCAAUCUCUUCGCAUGCUGCUCCUCCUUAAAAGUUCUACAUUGUCACGUGUUUCUCGUCAGGUUUCAUAUGGUACAUUUGAGCUUUUGAAGACAUCAGCAGCAAAUAUUCAUUCCGCUACCGAUUGGGCAAUAAUAUUUACCCUUCUGGAAUGUGUCGGAGCAGGUGCUCCUCCUCCGAAAGUCGUUUCGAAACCUGUCAGUUCUACUGAAUCAGCAGGCGCCCGCUCGGAAGGAGAAGUGCAGGUGGACAGCGGACUGGGUAAUGAAAGGGGUUAUACUUCUGAUUCAGAGCUAAGCAAAGCUGGUAGUGUUCCUUUAUCACCUAGUCUGAGUCCAGAGGCUCCUCUUAGCAACACUCCUACAGGCUGGAUUCUGGUGGGCCGAGAAGGUGAAAUACAACCGGUAAGCUGUGUGAGGAGAACAAUGUUGCCAGAAUUGUCUCGCUAUGAUCCCUUAUCGAUGGUGAAGUGUGUCGACAGUUUGUCGUUUCUAGUCAGGGAUGUUGUUCAUAUCACGCCAUACAAUUUUCAUGAUUGUAUUCGUUGCAUAAGGACAUUUGUUGAAGCAGCAGCUAAUACAGUUGAAAGGAAAAGCAGAAAAUCUGGGAGGGAUACAGCUAGGCAGGCUAAGAGGAAAAGUACAAAAAGGAGAGAAGAACGAGGACUCAGCCCCACAGGAAGUGCCUAUGAUGCAGAUGAAAGUGAUCCUGAGGAUUCGCCUGGUUAUCAGCAAGUUUGUAUUCAGCUUUUGGAACUGAUGCAUACCCUUCACACAAGGACAGCUCAGAUCUUUCGAUGGUGGGCUGAAGAGACAGGACAGAAAGAAGUGGCCAACCCCUCUUACUGGACUCCAGGUUGGUGCCCUCUUCUCCAAGGCAUAUCCAGGCUUUGCUCACACCCUAAUAGAGCUGUUCGGAUGUCAGCAAUAACCUAUCUGCAAAGAGCGCUUCUCAUGCAAGAUUUACAGUCCCUCUCCGGAGAGGAAUGGGAAGAAUGUUUUACUCAAGUGCUCUUUCCACUCCUGUCCACUCUAUUAUCUGUUAAUAUUCCAGCGAUUGAAGAAACAAGGAUAAGGGCAGCCACUGUACUAUCCAAGGUGUUCCUGCAUCACUUGUCUCCUCUGCAAACCCUUCCUAGUUUUGCACAGCUAUGGCUGACUAUACUUGAUUAUAUGGAUAAGUAUAUGCACGCAGACAACAGUGACCUACUUUAUGAGGCUAUUCCUGAAUCAUUAAAAAACCUCUUGCUUGUAAUGGACUCGGCUGGUGUUUUCAAUGGAUUAGACGGGCGCAAUGAGAUUUGGGUCGUAACUUGGGAUCGAAUUAGCUCAUUCCUUCCCAACCUUCAGGCAGACCUAUUUAAAGAUCAUCUACCAGUUGUAGAUGCUAGUUCACUUGAAACAAAAGAAGCUUUAGAAACAUCUAAAAGUGAAACAGAAGUCGUUCAAACCGAGCAACCAACAUUGCAAAGGCCUCCAGGCUCUCAACAGUCAUCUCCUCUACCUCCGUUAAUGCCUAAACCUGGAGAAGCUGUUGAAAUAUCUGGACCUACGACUAACAAUAAUGUUGGUUCACAGAAUUGGCAACCUCCUGCUCCUGUCUACCCUCAUCUUGAGCAGAUGGUUUCAACUCCUAUCGGCCCAGCAAGUCAUCUCCCAGUUUACUCUGGAUUUGCGAGUAUGCCACAUCAACCCCCUCCCCCGUCGGCCCAAUUUUUCUAUCAGGACAUGUCUUCUUCAAGCCCGCCUAAUAUGAUCCAAAGUUCUGAGCAACCUGCAGCUGGAAGUUCUUUACUUUUAGCAUCAGCGGGAAUGGAACCCCCAAAGCUUCCCGUGAUAUCUCCUCCGACUUCUUCAUGAGUUCUAUCUAAAAAAGAAUUUGUGAAUAUUUUAAAUAAUAAUUGUUGAUCAAUUUUGUAAAACUUACAUGUGUUCCAUUCAGUACAAAAUGUAUUAUUUUUGUGCCUGAUGCUUUUCGUCUGCGUGUAUGUCUAACUCAUUCAAUAAUUGUAUUUUUUUAAUAUUUAAAAUUCGUCAUUUAUAAAUUAUUUUUAAUAUCACUGUUACUGAUUGCUCAUAUGUUGAAAUAACAAAUUGUGGAUUUCAUUCUAUAAUGAUUGUAUUAACUUGUUUAAUGCCUUAUGUUCAUUUGGACUGCUUAUAGCCAUUAAGUAUUUAAAAUUUUUAUUUAAUUUUACCUCAUAUUAUUUUAUUUGUCUUUAUAAAAUUUACCUUUUUAGACGUAGGUAAGUUUGAUGAAGAUGUAGAUAUGUAGUUAAAUAGCUAUGAAGUUGAUAUAUUUUAAUGUUAGUUGUUUUAUAUGUUACUGUUUAUAGUUUGUUAUAUACUUUCCUAGGCUUAAAAUAUAAAGCCUAGUUUGUUGAUUAUUGUUAUUCUAUAUUAAUAUUUUCUUCAUUGUUAGGUGGUACAAAUAUGAAUUACCUUCAAAAUGGGCUACGAUGUCUCUCAUUUGUUAUUCUUGCAAAUAACUGUGUUGACUAUCAAUUAAAAUUUUCUAAAAUUAAAAUUAUAUUGUAAUUAAAUUCAUUAAGAGUUACAUUAUUUUUAAAUUAAAGGUAUUUAUAGUAGUAGCACAUUCCUAUUAUAGUAAAUAUCUAUGUAUAUAAUGAAAAAUUAUUUAUUGAAAGAGUCAUUCAGUUGGGUCGAACUUUGUAAUUUAUUUUAAGUAUUAAAUUUAAAUACUUGUAGAUAAUUUCUUUAUAAGUGAAUGUUUGUUUUAUUUUUUAUAUAUUUGUUAAUAGUGGUCGAAUCAUUAUGUAGGUAUUCUGUACUGAAAUUCUUUCUCAACUUAUCAAUGCAGUUAUAUUAAUAAUAAUAUCUUCUAAAUGGCAUGUAAUCAGUAUUGAGUAAUUACUGACUGUAAAUAAAUUCUUCUUUAUUAUCACAUUAGUUGUUUUACUCUAUGUAAAGUAGACGAGCACCUACAAAAAUGUAUAAUCAAAUGAAUAAUAUAUAUU